AUACUGACCUGCGGGGAGAUCGGAGGGAGAUCAUGCUGUCUGUACUGGCACUGACGUCCGUGGUGCUCUUGGGCAUAGCCUCUCAGAUCACGGCUAUUGUUGUGUACACAAGCUGGGAGAGACAUGCGCUGGUGGGCUCAGAUGUCAGACUCUCUUGCUCUUUCUUCUCUUGGCAAUGGACUUCUCCAGACGUAACCUUCUCGUGGCACUACCGUCCAGAUGGGGCGAAAGAAGGCAUCGCAAUUUUCCACUACGUAGGUGGAGCUGCCUACGUGGAUAACAAAGGCCCAUUCCGGGACCGUCUGGAAUUUGUGGGGAACCCCAGUCGCCGUGAUGGCUCUAUCCUGAUCAAGAACCUCGACUUCUCAGACAACGGAACCUUCACCUGUGACGCCAAGAACCCACCUGACAUUGCCGGCCGCCCCUCCAGCGUUCGACUGCUGGUGUUUGAGAAGGUUCCAGUCCAGGCUGGUGUGAUAACAGGGGCCAUUAUUGGCGUAGUGUUGGGACUGCUGAUCCUCAUUGUGGCAAUUUACUAUCUGAUGCGUUUCCUGGUCGCUAGACGAGUGUUCAGCUUGAGCAUGAGUAAACAUGGCAAGAAAGGCAAAGGAAAAGAAGGAUCACAGCAAAAACAGGCUUUGGCUGUGACGGAUCCGGCCAAGCUGAAGGCGGCAGCAUCAGAGAAGAAGAAACAGGAGUCUCGCAGGGAGAAGAAAUAGGGAUUGUGGAGCAGAGAGCUAGAGCUCCUGAGCGGGGCCUCCUCCACCCAGACCCAAGCCCAGGAAGAGGCAGCGGGGAUGGGCAGGCAGGGCAGGGUUCUUAUGACCAUUGAGCUAGAGCUCACUAAACAGGAGAGAGAGGGAGGGCAAACUAAAACGAGUCCCGCCGCGUUCUUUUCUCAACUUGCGCGCAAAAUCGCUCUCAAGUGAAAGAGACGGGUAUGAAAAGAGGGGGUGGUGGAGAGUUUUGGAGGCGAGGAAUGAAAGAUGAAUCUUUAAAAACAGGAGGACAGGAGAGGGGUGAAGUUUCUCAUUUUACUUCCAACUAAAUAAAAUGUGUGGUUAAAAAAAAAUACAAAAAUACUGUGUCCAAUCUAGGUGCAG